CGUUGGCGAGCGCUGCUCUCGCUUUUCCAACCGACCUCAUUCCUAGUCACAGCGCCAAGCGAAAUGCACUUGACAUCAGUGCUGGCUGGCCUACUUAUCGUUUGCCUGGCCUACGAUCUGCCCUCUCCCGCCGCCGCCCAGUUUUGGAAAGCGGCGAUCCCCACUCCCAGCUGGCGCACUGAUGCGCUGGCCGAUCGCCCCUCCGGAAUCUGCUACAGGGACCUCAACGUGGACACCAUCAAUCCGAAUUCCAGGCGACGGCAGAUCUCCUACUGCUGCGAUGGCUACCUCCGCAUUGGCAGCUCCGAGAAGCUAACGUGCCUGCCCAUCUGCCGGGAGGACUGCUCCAAUGGUCUGUGCGUCUUGCCAGACACCUGCGAAUGUGCGCCUGGCUACUAUCGACGAGAUGGGAAAUGUCAUAAGGAAUAAAUAAAAUAAAUAAAUAAAUAGAAAUCUA